AUGUCAGAACAACUUCAAAAACUAGUAAUAGAUAAUGGAUCCUAUACUAUCAAAGCUGGAUUUAAUACUGGUGAUGAUGAUAAUGAUACAUCUACACCAAUCAAAGUCGCCAAUGCAAUAACGAAAACUAAGGAUGGGAUAAUCCAUGUUGGUAAUCAAUAUCAAUCACAUACGAAUAAUUUUUCAGGAAUUCAAUUUAAACGACCAUUUGAGCAAAAUAAUUUAACUUCUUGGGAAACUGAAAAACCAAUAUGGGAUUAUGCUUUAGAUAAUUUAUUAUUACAACCUGAUCAAAAUUCAACACCACUGCAGAAACAUACAAAGGGGAAAAUUAUUGAUCCUAAUGAUAUUCAUUUAGUUUUAACAGAACAACCAUACCAAUUGCCACAAUUAUCCACUAAUACUGAUCAAAUAAUAUUUGAAGAGUAUGGAUUUAAUAAAUAUUAUCGAUGUAUUGCCCCCAGUUUAGUUCCAUUUACAGUUGAUACCAACCAUAUUAAUGAUGAUUUUGUAUUGGUGGUUGAUUCCGGGUUCAAUUCAACUUGGAUUGUGCCGAUGAUUUAUCAACAAAUUCAUUGGCCAGCAGUGAAGAAAUUACCUAUUGGGGGCAACUUAUUGAAUGGGUUAUUACGAGAGAUUAUUCUGUUUCGUCAUUAUGAUAUAUCACAAGAUCCAAUAUUGAUUAAUACUAUUAAAGAAUCGACUUGUUUUAUAUCACCUGUAAAUUAUCAACAAGAUUUACAACGUAAACAAGAUUUAAUGUGUGAAUUUGUUUUACCCGAUUUCAAAUUAACAACUACAGGGUUUGUCAAGACUAAAAGUUCAUUAUCACUGCAAAAAUUACCUAAUGAUACCCAAAUUUUAAAACUUUAUGAUGAAAGAUUCACAGUUCCAGAAACUUAUUUCCAUCCAGAAAUCAUAUUUGAUAAUAAUCGAACUACAGCAUCAAGUACCAUACUUAAUAAUUCUCCAUUCAAAAAUCUUACUGAUUUAAUAGUGGAAAGUAUUAUGGCGUGUCCUCAAAUCACUCAACCUUUAUUACUGGCAAAUAUUUGUUUAUCAGGGGGUUCAACCAAUAUACCUAAUUUUAAAACUCGAUUAAUUGGUGAAUUAAGAAAAGAAUUACCGUCAAAUUGGAAAGUAAAUAUAUUUGAUAAACAAUACGAUAUAAAUCGUGAUGAACUAAGUUGGUAUGGAGGAAUCAAUUUAUCUAAGGAACUGGAGUUAUUACAAGAAAUCAGUAUUUCUAAAAAAGACUACUUUGAACAUGGUGGUAAUUGGUGUCAACAACAAUUUGGAUUUAAAAAUGUAUAA